AUGGCUACGAGGCGCAAGAAGCUCUUGCCCGCCAGAACUCUGGCCCUGUUACUGGCCAGCUUAUUUGUUUUUGACUGUUUAGCUUUAAGUGAAGGUGAUAUAUUGCUCAAUGAAAAAGAUAAAAAUCUUGAAAGGAUCAAAAGAGAUGGUGAUGUGACUGUCCUGUUGGUGGACGACAAUGGCAAGAAAAAGACAUCCCCGACACUUGGACUAUUGUCUUCCAUGGCACGAACAUUUGUCCAGGACGGUGUUACUACUGAGUAUGCAACCCACGUUAUUGGAACCACCGUUGGUGACCGUUAUGCACAUAUAGUCAGUACUGGUUCAAGGGUAUUUUAUGACAAUAUUAAACCAACGAACCGACAUGACACCCCAGAAAUUAACUUGCAAACAAUAUUAGAUAACCUUGGACAUCCACAGGUAUUUGAAAAUACCAAAGAGGAAGAAACAAAUUUAAUUAAAGGAAGAAAACUUGAAUUGUCAACCACUCCAGAACCGAUUGACAAAUUAAAUGUAUCUGUUAGACAGGAAAUAUCAAUCAGAAAACAUUUUACUCCUGAUUCCAUUAAACCAUCAAAGGUGAAUACAAAAAAUGGAUUGCCAACCUUUACGGUAAAAAAUAAUGAUGAAGACUAUUUGCCAGCAUUAGAACUAACAACCAAGCGUGAAGACUCAUUUCGAAAUAAAUUGAGAUCAUCAAAGAAUUUGUUUAGAAAUGGGCUCAAACCAGUAGAAAUAAAGAAAUAUGAAACCGUCACGUAUUUUGGAUUUGCAGAUUUUAUGACUACAGUUGGCAAUACAGUUAUAAUAUUUAUGCCCAAAACUCCAGCUAUACCUGAAGCCACAGGUAUAACAAGCAUUAAAGGUGAAGCAACACUUCGACCGGAAGAUAUAAUAAAUCCAACCAAAUCUGUAACAUUACUGUCCACUAAAACAUUAGAACUUACUACGGAGAAAUCCGAAUAUAGUAGUAUACUAGAAUCUAGUAUCGCAACAACAGAAGAGACGAUAGCCUUACCAACAGAACCGCUAUCUCGUCGCAUUUCAGAAACAACAAGAGUGUUUAACAAUGAACAAGAAGCAUUAGGAUUAUUGAAAACAAUUGGAGGUGUGGAUGUUAUCGAUAGUAAGACUACUAGGCUCACUACGUUCUUUUACGGUACGUAUAUUAAUGGUAAAUAUACACAGCUAGAACAAACCGUAUCAACGUUGUUAUCAAAACCAUCACAAACAACUAAGCCAUCCAAAAUUGAAAUACCGAUGACCAAAAUUCCUACAACAACCGAGUCUCAGGUGACAACAGAAAAAAAUAUGAAUGAAAUGACAACUGAAUCUGAAGAAGAAAUUUCCACUACACCAGAAGAAGAAACGGUAUCGCCAACUUUAUCUACCGAAGACAUAUUGUAUAAAACAUACACAUAUUUAACAACAUUCUUUAUACCUGUAGAUGACAGUUUAACAACUACAUCUGUUAAGUCAAGGGUUGUACUAUCACCAGAACCUACCCAUUUAACUGAAAAUACAAUGAGUACAAUCACAACGACCACUACAACUGCAACUGAAAGUAUUCCUUCAACUACAACUGAAAGUAUUCCUACAACUACUCCUGAAGAAGACGAUAAUAAAUACACUACAACAGAGGAGAUUACAAUUACAACUGAAAAAGAGUCUGAAGAUAAAGAGAUUUCGGAGUUAACAACUAUUCCAAUGAAAGAGGAAGUAACAACAGAAAAACCGAUUAUUAAAGAAUCUAACGAUGAAAUGGUAACUGAAAUGAGUCCUAUAACUAUAAAACCACAAGACGAAGAAGAAGAAGAAGUGGAAUUGUUGUUUAAAACAUUAUACACAACCUACACGUACUUAACAACCUUUUUCCAAGAAUCAACUACUAGUGUUUUAAGUAGAGAAGAAGUUGUAACAAAUAUUAUUACAUCCACUUUAGAAAAAGAUUUUUUGGCCACAGAUCCUGCAGUAGCUGGCCUUUUUGACAGAGAAGAAGGUAGCUUACUGAAUACAAUGGUACAUGAGACAGCAAGAAAUCCAAGAGUAUUAGCUACACGCGUCGGUUCGGGAAGACCAUCGUCUGCUUUUCUGCAUAAGCCAGUUGAUGAUUUAUUUGCUUCUACAUUAGACUCUGUAGACUUCAAAAGAGAGUUAGCCACACCUCCAUUAGAUGAUAAUAUUGUCAAAACAUUUUCAAAAACAUAUACAUACUUUACAACACUUUCAUCAGAUGGAUCGACUAACCUUAAAAGUCACAUUGAAGUAUACACUAAUGUUAUUAAACCAUCUAAUAUUCCAUUUUCGCAAAUCAUUCAACCCACAGUAGUGAAAAAUAAAAUCAAACCUACAUUAUUAAAAGUACCGAACACAACACCAGAACCAAUGGAUGAUCCAGAAGCCGUAAUCGAGGAAACAGCAAAAGAAGAAAUUGAUAAAAAGAAAGAUCAAAACAAUGAAACAUUAAUUACACCAUCUUAUAAAUAUGAUAUGACAAUAACAAGAAACCGCACUAAUUACAAUGCCAUAACCGAUGAAAAAGGUUUGAACGACGUGAUUGGUGAAUCGGUGAUUACAGAUACAAAGUCUAUCUCAUCAAAUAAUAUUAAGCGAAAAGUUUCAACUGACGAAGAUGAAGAUAUGGAAAGUUCUGAAACCAAUGAAAAUAUUGAAUCAUCUCCAACACAUCAAUUACAAACUAGUUUCACGACAUAUACAUAUUUCACAACAAUUUAUAAAGGGAGUUCUUCUAGUGAAGUUGUCAGUCGAUUUGAAACUAUAACAAAUGUUGCUUCUCCGGUAGUAGAACCAACAGAAGUAGAUACUUCAAACAACGAAGAAACUACAUUACCAGUAACUUUUUUCACAACUUACACCUAUUGGACUACCCUAUAUAAAGAUGGAAGUACAUUAGUAACUAGUCGAGAAGAUACUUCAACUAAUAUUGUAUCAUCUUCUGUUUCUGAUAGCAUUUUAAUAACACCCACAAUAAAACCUUCAUCUACUACUAAAUUAAUAGACGUGGAAACACUGAAUCCAACCACACCUACAACGUUCUUCACUACAUUUACUUAUUUUACAACGUCUUAUCUUGAUAACGAGACAGUAGUAAAUAGUAGAUUGGAGACUGUAACUAAUGUAUUAAAUACAACAAAAUCCGAAGAGAAUAUGAAUAACGAUGAUUCUGAAAGUGAAGGUAGUGUUAUUAAAACCAUGCCAGGGAAACCAUUAAAUAAGAGUAUACCAAUUACAGUUUUAAAACCAACAGGAUCAUUGUCAUCAAUUACAACACUUAAAGUUAAUAACGGAGAAACUACUUUAUUCUCCACAGAUGUUUAUGGUACUUACAUUGAUGGGUUAUAUGUUCAAAUACUUGAAAGUAAGUCAAAUAUUAUUAAAAACACAUCACCAAGCGAUGUAAAACCUACUGGUAAAAGUACUGGGGUUGUGGCAUUAAAUGAAGGUAAAAUCAUUGAUGCCGACGGAGUAAGUACUACAUUUUAUACAACAAAAGCACUUGGUACUUAUAUUGAUCAACUUUAUGCUCAAGUUAUUGAAAGUACAUCGUCAAUCAAGGUUAAUGACAAAAAAAAAAUUGGUGAACCUUCGACAACAAUUCUAGGUACUAAAACAUAUCGUACUGGUUUAAUAAGUUUAAUUGAAGGUACAAGUGUUAAGGAUAUAAGUACAACAUAUUACGAAACGAAAGUAAUUGGAAAAGUUAUUGAUGGAAAAUAUACACAAGAAUUUGAAAGUGAUUCUAAAGUUAAAAUAGGAGUUCAACCGACUGCGGUUCAAGAAAUAAAAGCAUCUUCUACCCAACUUAAUGAAAUCUUUCAAAGUGAAAUUCCAAUAUCACCAUCACCUGCAACAAUUGAAAGUUCACAAGGGGAAAACGGAUCUACAACAGAAAAAAGUGAAGAAACAGAUGACGAAAACUCACCUAAGAAGAAAACAUUCCCCGUUAUCAGACCAUUUGCAUCGAGACCUAGACCAACUUUUCAACCAAAAAAGAAAUCUACCGAUAGUUUGGGAGCUGCUACUAUAAAUAGGAGUAUAACACCAACAAUAGUUGCAACUCCAGCGUUGAAAACAAAUGAAAAGGGUUUAGGACCGUCCAGCAGAAAUCGAUUUUCUGGUGUCAGAAAAUCUAGUACAUCACAAGUAUCUGAAAUAACACCAUCACCAUCUAAUAGUCGAAAAUAUUCUAGGUCUAAGAGUGCUAAUACACCAAUAGUGUCUGCCUCAGUUAGUUUUAAAAGUAGAACACCUUCAUCGACUUUGAAAAUAUCCGCAACAGCUUCUGCGUCUAGUUUUGGUGGUGCUCGAAGAAGCAGUUUGAGUCAACGACAAACAAGUUCAAAACUACCAGAAUCAAUAACAAGAACCUCCUCAACACCAUCACGGUUUAGAAUACGACCAACAGUAUCAUCUAAUUUUAAUCGAUUUUCAAGUACUUUAACAACAAGUACGGAAGAAGUGCCAGAUAACAACGAAGUAAGCACAUCAUUGGUACCUGAUGAAACUUUGUUAGUUUCUAAUAACGAGGAAGAUGAAAGUAUUACUGUGCCUUCAACAACAUCAACAGAGUCAUCAAGAAGAGGAAAUAAUCCAUUGCUGAAACUUCGACGACCUCCGUUACAAAAAACUUCUAUAACAACACAACCACCACGACGAAAUCUGGCAAGAACAACAGUAAGAACAACGACAAGUACAACUACUACUACACCUAGACCUCAAAGACCAAAAACACCAAGUCCAUUAAUUACACGUAAUCGGCCUAAGCCAGUUAAUGGAUUAUUCCCAUCUAGAGGAUUCGGUAAAAAGGAACAAGAGCCAGAAGUAACAAGUGAAUCAAAUCUCGACGAAGAAAAACUACAGCAAGAAGAAAAAACUGUCGACGAUUUUGACGAUAAUAUAGAUAGUGCUGUAACACAAGUUGAAACACAGUCAAAUGCAGUAUCAGAAACUGAGCGACCAUCAAGGGGAAGUCGAACUUUUAAUAAUAACCAAGUUCAAAUCAGGCCCUUUAAUAGUAGAAGAAGUAGAACAAAAAGACAAGUAGAGUUUGGAAACAAAAAUGACAAUAGCAGAAGUUAUAGAAGUAGACAACCAGCUAAAAAUACAGCUGUUGAUUAUUAUUAUGAAGAUGAAUAUGUGGAACAAGAAACUCCCGCACCAAUAAGAACACCUCCUCCAACAAGAAGACAGCCAAGUCGAUCUAGGCAACAACAACAGCAACAACAACAAAGAUUAACGCCUACCACAUCUUCUUCUAAUGUUGGAAGAUCACAGUUUACUUUACGAGAAAAGACUCCAACAACAAUGGCUCCAGCAACUACAUCAAGGUCAUCGAAUUUCAGAAGAACGCGACCACCUGUACCACAAGAAACAACUACGUCCAAAAGAUUAUCUAGAUUAAGAUAUCCAACUACAACACCAGAACCAGUCCGAAACAACCGUCGUUAUACACCUUCAGCUCGUAGACAAAACACACGAACGAGAUUCAGAGAAGAUGCAAACACAUUUUCUAAUACUCAAACUAUUUUUGAUGGUUCAAUCACAGUUACACAUAAGAUACCAACAGAAUUAACAAUACCUAUAGUUAUUGGAAAAAAUACAGAAUACAAACAAGUGUUGACGGCUAAACCCAGCAUUGAGAUACUUGGACCGCAUCAAUAUAGUACUGUAGCGGGUAAAAAUGGUUAUCCAACAAUUCAACUUGUUAGGGAAGUUACUGAAACAUUACCAAAUGGAGCUACCGAAAUAACUAAAUUUGUUAUUUAUGAACAACCAACAAGUAGUAUAACGUUUACUCCCACUUAUAUAAGAGGAAGAAAAACAUCUUAUUCUCAUAUAAUUCCGAGUACUAUAUAUGAAGUUAAACCGGAAGUAAACACGAUUCAGCCACAACAAUUAGCUAAUGCACCAUUAGCCAAUUUAUUGUUGUCACAACUACUAUUAGGUAACUUAGGAAUUCAGCAAACAGUAAAUCCAUUAUUAGCUUUAAAUUCAGCUAUGGCUACACCUCAGUUACCCACAACUGAGUUUAAGACGAAAAGCACAACUUAUGUGACUACAGUUACUCACUCCACAUCAACAGUAUUGCCAAUAACUUUUAGAGGAAAAGUCAUAUCUACAACAGUGAUUGACAGUUCUACAAAUGUUAUAACGGCAACUGAAUAUAUUACUGAAACAAUAGUUACUACUCCUACGGUCCAUCAAACCAAUAAUCAACUAAAUACAUUAUUAUUACCUGCUUUACUUCAAGCUCAAUUACUAGGACAAGUCACUACUGCAAAUACUUUAAUUGGCAGUAUUGAUUCUACACAAGAGGAACUUCUUCAAGAGUUAAUUGAACCAACUCCAAAGUAUGAAGAUUCCUCAUCAAAAGAUGAAACUAAACCAUCGAAAAAAAAAAUUGUUACCAAAAAACCACCAGACCCCGCUAUACAUCCCGCGGAAGCAAGUGUUGUGACAUUAUAUGUAUCUGGUAAAAGACCGGGAGAAUUUAGUACUGUGUUAUCUACUGUAAAUUAUGAUGAAACAGCAACCGUUCGAAAACGUGAAGUAGAGCCUUCAUCAGUAAUGGAUUUAAUGGCGACUGAAUAUGAUGAUAUUCUUUUAUCAUCUACUGACGAUGAUCAAAUCCAAAAAUAUAACGAAGAAGAAACUCAAAGCUUAGAGAGUAUAUUAGGUGACGUGAGUAAAAAUGUAAAAAUUGAAAACAGAGCUACGAAAGUAAACGCAGUACUUGUUGAGUCAUCUUCUCAGCAAAAUCAAGAAACUACCGGUCAUUUUUUAUUGAAAGGCUCCGCUGAUACUCCAGUUCAGCGGGAAGUCGUAAAAUCCAAAAUCUGGAGUUCACAAAAUCGAACAAAAAGAAACACGCCUAAUUUUCUACCCACUAAGGACGUAUUUCUGUUUGAUUUUCCAAAAAAACCGAACAAAAACUUAACCCAAAGCAUUUUGUAUAAUGUUGGUGAUAGGGAAAAUUCUUCUUUUACUUUAUCAAAAAUUCCACAAGAAUAUAAUAUUGACACCAAAGUUGAUGAACAAAGGGCAUUUGACGAAAGGCGCUUUAAUUUUGCUACAAAAAAAAUGAGUAAUGGUGUUGAAGUAAUCGUUGCCGGAGAUAAAAGUACAUAUCCAGGCCAAGCCAAUGUACUAAGAGUAUUACCUACAUCGCAAGCUAAACCCAUAACACUUGCUCCGAGCACAUUAACUGAUCACAUGCUUAUGAUGCUACCCCACCCUAUCAAACAAAGCAUGAAUAACCAAUUUGUUACCAAGACAUAUCUUACUACAUAUACAUAUUUAACUACAUUUCUGGACGGAGAAGCUACUGUAGUAUCCAGUCGAGAAAAGGUUGUAUCUAACGUUGUAACCGAUGAAGUGAAUAAAAUUACUCCUACUUCAACUCUUAGUCAAGUUACAUUAACAGCUAGUCCGAGUUUAGAAACAGGCAUUUAUCACACAACAUAUACAUAUUUAAAUACUAUUGUUGAUGGUGAUAUUCCACUAGUAAUGACAAGUCAAAAAACUGUGGCUAACACAGUGACAGCUCCUCAUGAGUUUCUCACUCCUUUACAGCCAUCUGAACCUGCCUAUCAUAACACUAACACCUACCUUAACACAGUUUCGUUCACCAAAACUUUGAGCGAUGGGCCUGAUUAUACUGUCGUAAGUACAGAAGAUAUAUUAACACAAGUGAUAAUAACCCAAACAGACAAUACGCCAACAAUGGAUACAUCCAAAUUAAACGAAGAAAGUACGAUAACGGAUGUAACUAAAACGUAUUAUGUUACUUACACAUAUUUUAAUACAAUUCAAGAUGGAGAUCACACUAUUGUAAAAUCAGAUAUUUCUGUAUCAUCUGAUAUAGUUACGGAAAAGUAUCUAAUACCAACUAAAAUUGAAGAAAUACAGCCAACGCCUACUGUUGAUAAAUUACCAUUUCAUUUGUAUGCAACUAAAACCUAUCUAACAACUUUUACUUAUUUUACAACAUUAUUGAAAAAUAAUGACGGUAAAAAUCCAUCAAUUACUCAAGUUAAAUCCAGAACUAAAAUUGUUCAGAAUAUAGUAACUGAAUCAUUAAAUACUUCAAUAUUUAAUGCAAAUUAUUUAUCUUCAAUAAGCUCUUCAGUACAAAAUGAAAAAAUACCUAUAACUGCUACUGCCACUUUAGAUAAUGGUCAACGAAUAGAAUUCACUGCUAUGAAUGAUUUAUUGCCAACUAUGCAAAGUGAAAUAAGCCCAACUCAUGAUAUUCAAACUCAAGAAACUCAAAAACCGAUUAUUAAUGAAAACACUUAUAAACCAAAUGAAAAACUUAAAGAAACAAUUAAACCAUCAAGUGUUAGUAAAGUUUCACAAAAAACUGAAAUUCAAAAGCCACCAAAAAAAAACACUCCACCAAAGUCGGAACAAAAAAUUCCUAUAAAUCCAAUACCUGUUAAGCCAGAUAACACUAAUGUUGGAGGACUAAUUGAUUUUGGAACAAUAGGAAGUAGCUUAACAGCUCUUAAGCCGGUUAUCAGCGCUGUUGCUGGUAUUAUUCAAAAUAAUUUGAAAAAUGACCAAAAAACUAAAAAUGUUCAUGUGCUACAAAAAUCAACACCAAAACCAGUGAAACCAGAAACAACAAGCCGGGCUCCAAUUUAUAUACCAGUAGGUGGACUAGCAGAUUCUGAUGGAUCAGAAAGCCAACAAUAUCCAGACACUGAUCAAAGACACCCACAUGUUGGACCAGCAAGACCACCUGUAGAGGCGUCUUUAUUAUCAGGAGGAAUUCCUAUAAGUCCUGGUGAAGUAAUAACGACAAAUAGCGAUGUAAUUAUUGGUAAACCUUCAGUUUUAGGUCCAAGACCACCAAUGGAAAAUUUAAAAAAAGAAGAAAUACCUUUUGGUAUGAGACCACCACCUCCUCCCCCCUUACAGUUCAAAGAUAAAAUUUCAGUUCCUAAUAAUAUCGCGAGAGAGCAUAUAAAACAUUCAUUACCACAUACUGAUAGAAAAAAUACUCAACCUAUUCGAUAUCAAGAAAACAGAGUACAAGCUCAAUAUCAGCUAACUAAUGCACCAAUUAAAUCAGAAGUUAAUAUUAUACCACUAAGGAAGCCAGAUCCUUGGCCAACAAAGUUCGUAACUGAUGUUCAACCAUUGGUCUUGAAAAACCCAGAUAUUCAACCUCAAGUUAAUUAUGGAAACCAGCAUAUAAUUACAUCAAAUCAACCAUCCUUUUUGGAGCAAUCUGCUGUUGAUCCAUUAUUAGUAAAUAUACAACCAUCUCAAGUUGCUCAGGUUGUGAUUCCACAUGGUAGCCAAACUGCAUUAAUAUACAGUGAUCAACCAGCAGUUGGUCAUGGUCCAAAAGGAGAAAUUUUUAAUGACCCGCAGCCAUACCCUGAAAAUCAUGUUAAUCCAGGUUUCGUGGGAUUAGAAAUUUAUGGUACUUUAAACCCAACGAAUAAUGUUGAAUCAAAAAUACCAGCAAAUGCAAUGCACUUUGAUAUCCCAGUUUCUCCAGCUGGUAUUACUGUGGGUGAUUCAGAAUCACAUCAUGUAGUAUUAUAUGAUAACGAAACAGGAGAAGUUAAAACAAGACCUGUACAUGUUUUAAAACCACAAAACUCAAGCAAUCAAUACCUAACACCCCCAACAAUCUUACAAGUUAACUCAUUUGUAAGGCGACCUGAUGCUGAAUUAUCAGUCGAAGAUGAUUUAUUACAAUUCGAAGAUGGUGAAGUAACUCAAGAAUCUAAAAAAACGCCUUUGAGACCCGGAGAAUUACCAUUUGGAGUACACAGCAGUGAGUCAGAUGAAGAUAGAACCCCAAUAAUUACUGGAAAACCUAUUGUCGGUAAUUUUAAAGGUGAAGAACAAACUUUAUCGAUCGGACAACCUGUAAAUAACAAAGAACCAACAGAAUUAAGGCCCGGAAAUUUUGUUGUACCGAAUGAAAAUCGUCCAGAUUUACAGUACAACAUUCAACACUCUCAUGAACAAAUGGCGAAUAACACAAUGAAACAAAAUAAACAUGUAAAUAAUCUUCCUCCAAGAGAUGACAUUCAACAAGCGAUGAAUAUGGAUGAAAAAUUACCACCUUUGCCGACAAUUAAGCAUGAUAAUAAUGAUUUGGACAGCCAAGGAAGUACACCACAGCCAUCUAUAGUGAAACCAAAUAGUGAUAAUGAAGUUUUAGGCUUAUCCCCUCCUCCAGUUAUUACACAUUCAUUAAAAUAUGACAAUUUUACACAAAACCCUCAAGUGUCUAGGAGACCUUAUCGUCCAAAACCAAAACCGUCAACAACUCCUCCAUACCAAUUUGAAAGGCCUCCGAAUAGAAGACCAUCGAUUCCACAUAAUAAUCAAGAAGAAAUGAUUCUAAAACCAUUGUCUACUACUGCAAAAAUUGAACCUGUUAAAAAGUGGGAGGUUUCGUUAAAUCCAAGACCUGAAUACAGACCUACUUAUAAAGAAGAAAAACCUGAAAUAAUAAAAGCAGAAAGUAAAGUUUUCAGCCAAGGUUCGAGUAUAAAAUCACAAUUACAAGAAAAAACUAAAGAAAAUACGGUUAUUUUUAGUGAUCCUGUAACACAGGUAAUACCUACCGUUGUCACUCAAGAUACAACUAAAUGGUAUGAAUACAGCCCUAUUUCAAGUACAGAGAGUAAAAUAGAAACAGUUCAAUCCACAACAGAAACUCCAGCACUGACUUCAAUUACUAUUGGAACUAUAAAGUCGCAUACAACACCGAGUAAACCAACAAGUAAGACAACUGAUUAUCAUAGUGUUAUAAGUGUUAUUGUCAAGAACGAAGAAAAGCCAGAAGAUAAAUCUAAUGUAGAUAUAGUUGAAAAUCCUACAACGCCCAAGCAAAAAUCACAAAUGAGACCCCAAGUUACAAUCUUACAACUUCCAGAAAGACCAUCGUUCAUGGAUGAAUUUCACAAGCAAUUACAUCAAGGCUCAUCACUUCCAACGAGGUUUGUCACACAUACCCAAACAUUGUCAGUAACUAUAACAGAAACAACAGUUUUACAAAGUGAUGGUUUCGAACCUUCUACUCAUACACUAGUUCUUACUAAAACCCAAACGUCUACAUUAGUAGACACAGUAACUGAAUUUCAUACAUUGUUGAAACCUACGCAAGUCCUGUCUACGGUUACAACUACAGUUCCCGCACCAAUACGUUCUGACCCUGUUCUUCAAGCGCCAGUAGUGGAAGGCACGAAAACAAAAACAAUUAGUAUACCCCCAGAUGAAAAUGAAACAUUAUUAGUAGUUAUGACCGAUAAAAAAGGAGGAAACAGUGGAAUACCACCCGAAAUACAAGUUCCUGAUGAAACAAAUGAAAUAGGACCGAGUGAUGUAUUACUAAGUGGCAUUCUAACUCACUCAUCAGACACAGAAUGUCGACCUGAAUGCAAAGCGUCUAAAAAUGAAAUCUGUCAGAGAGUAGAAAAUAUAAUGCGAUGCGUGUGUAGACCAGGUUUUGCAAGAAUGUUUAUGGACAGACCUUGUAAACCUACUUAUACGUAUACUAUGAAGUUAGUAUUGGACAAAUUCCGUAAAGAGCCCAUUAAAUAUUCCACACAAUUAGAUGACCCUAGUUCAAAUCAAUAUCAAAAACUGACCGAAGCCACUAAAGAAGGAUUAAAUCGUAUGUCAAUGCAGUCAGAUCUAAGAGAUAUUUAUCAUGGUGUUAUAGUUGGAGGUUUUGAACCUGAUGGAAAAAGUGAUAAAGCAGUCGUAUCAUAUAUAAUACAACUAUCUGAAAAUGCAGAAGACAUUAAAUUGUGGGAAGCAACAAAAAAAUCACUCAGAGCCACAAACUAUAGUUUAGGAGGAACUGACAUAUUUGUUGCACGAGACCAGUUACAACAAUUAUCAGCAGAGGACUUUAAUGAAUGUAGUGAUUCAAAAUUCCACGACUGUUCAGAUAAUGCACAAUGUUUUAAUUUACAUGGGACGUAUACAUGUAGCUGCAAAGAUGGAUUUUCUGACCUUUCACAUAACACUCAAUUUCCUGGCAGAGUUUGUUCAUCUGAACUUAUUGGAUGUGACUUAUGUAACUAUCAUGGAACAUGCUAUUUAAGCAAUCAAGAUGAAACGAUUUGUGAAUGUUUUCAAUGGUAUGCUGGUAAACACUGUCAGUUUAACUUAAAAGUUUUAUUAUUGGGACUGAUUGCCAUUGGAGUGAUGUUAUUAUCGCUUCUUAUUGCAUGUCUGUUAAUGGCUUGUUGUAAAAAGCAAUCCAGAGAGUCUGUCGUGGGCUUAUACCAACCUCAGCGUCCAGUAAUAGGCUUUAGACGUUAUAAAAAUAUGAUAGCCACGACAAGAGGUGACAAAAGAGCAAUGAUCAGUGUCGAUACAGGUAGUGAAACAAGCAUUGACCAUACACCUCCUCCAUAUGUUAAACAAGUUAUAAACAUGCAGAGACAAACUCACGCUCACGUCCAUUCCCAAAUGAAACCUCCUUCUCCAUCUAGUCACGGGGGCAGCACUAUGCGAAGUGGAUUAGAACAACGAGAUAGAAGUCUUACUGUAAUGAUCCCAAGAGCUAAAUACCGACCAGCUCCUCAACAAGCACCACCAUCCAUAUUGACUAUGUCAACUUUUGGUCCGGAACAAAAAGCCAUGUCAUAUAUGGACUCCCGACAAACGCCAACAAAAGGAUCAAGAUGCAGUAGCCGAAAACCAAGUGAUUCAACACAGAGAUCUGUAGAAAUUCAACCACCUCAACGUAAAAAACAUGCUGCUCCCAAAAAACCAUCAACAGGUGCACUAGUGUCUGCUGGGUUCGAAGUUUCCGCUACAGUUGUAAAAACUAAAGAGCUAGACGAAGCAUAUACAUGCCGGGAAGAUAACAAACCAGAUUUUAAUACUGGCAGAACAGCAGCCGCCAGAACUGUAUCUGUUGCAAGAUCGUUCGAUGAGACAACCAUACAGCCACCAACUAGAUGUUAUCAUCCAGAGAGUCAUUAUGAAUCUAAAUCACAGUAUUCCCAUAAAACGAAUGACGAGGGUCAUACGAUGGUUGAACGAGAUUUGGGCUCCACAUAUCUAAUGCCUCAGUCGAAACUUUAUAAGCCAGACAAUAGAGGAAGUGACACAUCGAAUUUUGACUCCCUAUGACGGAAUUGAUCUAUAAUUACCUUAUCAUGCCAUAUAUAUUAUUAUUAACAGUGAUGUGAG